UACACUAUAUUAAAAAAAAUCACUUGUUUGCCAAUAUUUCACUAGGUUAGUAGGUUGCUACACGAAUAUUAAUGUUCUAAUAUACGAGUAUUUAUAGUAGGCACAAAGCAAAUCUACAGCUCGAUCGCGCAGUGGCUAAGCGUUUGGCAAAUAUUUGUAUGGCUCUUAAGCAAUUUAAACGAUGCAGAAGAUAUUUCAAGUUUGAAGCUAACUUUUUCUUUUAAGAAUAAAAGUAAAGAAAAGUACUAGAGUAAUUAGGUAUUCAGCGAGUUUAAAUCCAGCUAGUGCAAGCAUUUGUCUAAAACAAAAAUUGUUUAUUGUUAUAUAAUUUCGAAUCCGGUUUUGUUGUUUAUCUCCAUUGUUGUUUAUUCCAUAUGUCCGUGACACUAUGUCUUAGCCAACUCCCAAUCGUAUCGCAAGCGAGUACCUACUAACUUAAGUAAUUAUUUUCAUAGAGCCGGUCGAACUUUCACAACAUUUGUCAUUCAAGCACCUAAGCUUAUGGAAUAUUUGUACAUGAGGUAUAAUCGUUUAAAGGGUAAAGUGGUAAACGCCAAGUUGGCGUCCUUGUCGGAUCCCAUUCUGCAUAACUUUCAAGUGGUAAUCAAUUGCACCGGACUCAGCGCGAGAGACAUCGUGCCGGACAGUAGAGUCUUUCCUAUACGAGGACAAAUCGCAAGGGUAAUUUUUAUUUUUUUAGAUAUUUAUAAAGCAUUGUAUAUUUCACCGUGUAGUAGCAGUGUAAGUAUAUCCUCUUUCCUCCUCCUCCUUCCUCAAAUCGCCCAUUGGUGUCGUAAGAGGCAACAGAGUGAGACAAACCAGAAGAUGGGCAGCAGUGUCUUGCUAAUAACGACUAAAAAAUAAAAUAACAUGCGUGAGUGUCGUGGAACACUCGGCUUGAACGAAGUUCCUUUCGUAGUAUAUUAUUAUUGAUAAACGUAUUCUAUUAUUGAUUAGCAAAUACAAAUAAAUUAAUUACUAGCGUCUAUUAAAAUUAAAACGAAGCGUCAUUUCAAAUGAUAUUUCUUUCAUGGCAAAAUAAGAAGUGCAAGGGAGAUGGAUAUCAUUCCAUCUCGGUCGCGCUAUAGAAAGGUAGUCGUGACCACAGAGUACUUUUUUAUAUAUAGGAAGUCGUGACGGACAAAAUCUUACACUUUUCUCUCUCACCUAACCCCCAUCCGUCAAAUUCGUACCGUGCUAUGUAGUACUAUUAUUUAUUAUGUGACCGUGCGAUAAGGAACUUCGUUCCAAAAACUGUAGUUGUUAAACCGCCUGCCAAGCAACUAGGGCGUUAACUCUCCUAAUUGGGAGAGACCUAUGUUCUGGAAUGACUUUUGAUAGGCUGUAACGGUAGCGGUAUUAAUUUUUUUAUAUUAUUAAUUUUAUAUUAUUAACAUUAAUUAUAAUCAUCUAUUUUUUAUAAUACCCAUAAUAAUAACAAACAUGCGUAAACCGUAGGCACUUAUGCGCUGUCAAUUUUGAGGACUAAGAUGAAAUUGUUCGUGACCAAAAAAUUAUUGGUGAUUUUAUUGAUAAAAAAUUAUAAUUUUAACAUAAAAACACGUAAUAAUUAUCGAAUCAAUCGAUAAAUAUGACAAUUAUGAUACUGGCAACCAGCAUUUUAUAAUAAAAAAUAAAAAAAAAAUGAAAUAAUUGUCAUAUUAAAUUGUCAUUCCUGUAACAUCGCAAAUAACCUUUUUAUAUAUUAUUAUCUCACAAAUACAAGUGUACUUAUUGAAACUAUUUACCUACUUUUAAUAUUAAAAGUAUAAAUUAUUUUACAAAAAAAAAGUAAAAAUUGUUUCAGUAAGUAUGCGAAUUAAAGAACAUAAUAGUUACAUUAAUAUGAUGUACAUAGUAUAGCUAUAUAUAGCGAAUUAGUUCGGAUUCAAUUUGUAGGAGACGCUAGUAGUUCAAUUUUGUCUGCAAUAAAAUAUCGUCAGAGGGCUCUCUUUUCCUGUAUAUACUUAUUAUACUCUUUGAUUUAGGGAAAGAAAAUUCAGCUCAACUUUUUAAAUAACGCCAAAAUCUCAAACAAUAAACAAAUUAUAAGCACACUGUAGCAUUGACAGUUUUGAAAGUAUAGGUUGAUACAGAUGAUCUGUACACACAUAAGUUAGUAUUUGCCAAAGUAUAAAGAAACGCUUCGCGUUAUGAGGCGUGCAUUACUCUCGACACGUUAAGGUCAAGCAAUUUUGUGUUCUUCAAAUGCCUCUAUCAUAACCAUAUUGCACUUAUACGAUAAUAUGAGUAGACGUACAUCAAGAAAACACUAAUUAAUCUUUUUAUUUUCUAAAAAUGAUUUUAUAUUAAAAAACGGUUUGAAAAAAAUUUACGUGGACGCUCGGAUGUUGAUUUUGUAUGUGGUCAAAAUAAGUCCCGAAAGAAUUGACGUAUCAAGACCAGGUUUUUUAUGGUCUAUUUCAUAUCAAUAGCCUAGUAGGUACGCGUAGUUUAUUAAUAUAAUUAUUUUCAACUCUUAUAAGUUUUAUUGCUACUAAAGAUUUAAAGGCAAUUUCAUAUUUUUUAGCCCAUAUAGACAUAGGAGAAAUGUUCCACACAAGCCUACAUCGAUUUUAUACUUUGUGUAAUCUAUUUAUUUUGGUUAACAUUAUUAAUUUUCCCCCUGUGUUGCUUUAUGUAUAGGUAACACUACCUGUUAAAAUAAUAAAGCGCUAAAUUUAAAACUCGUAAAUAAUAUAUUUCAAAAAUCAGGAACACAAUAUAUUUUUUUCAUCAACAUCGAAUGAAACGCUCAAUGAGGCGUGCACUUUUGGAUUUUCCAAACUAUUUGUUAUUUGAAUUAUUAACAAAAACAUAUUUAUUCUAGGUCAAAGCUCCUUGGCUUAACUACACCAUUAUUGACGAAGACAGCGGGCAUUAUAUUAUUCCGAACAUGCCGAACUGAUGAAACACUGGGCAGGUUUGCGGCCUGGCAGAGACGCGGUCAGAUUAGAAGCGGAGGAACGAGACGGAAAGAUAUACAUACACAAUUACGGCCAUGGUGGUAGUGGCCUGACUCUGUUCUGGGGUUGUGGUAAUAAUGUCCUGCAACUACUGGAAAAACAUUUGAGCUCAAUCAAACCAACAACAACAAAUUCAAAACUUUAAUGUAUAAAAACAUGUAUAGAAAUAUACAAAAAUAAAGUUUAUGAAAUAUAUACAUUGUUGACAAACAAAAAUUAACCUUGCAACCAAGUUUGCAUAACUGGCUGAUAAAAAAUACAUUUGGUUUUAUUUUAAAUAUGUAAAUUAAGAAUUAAAGUAUGU